UCCGCCCUUAACUCCCUUAGUCGGUUCUCGCAAGUGCGCGUGUCCAUUUUUGCCAACUUUGGUGUUAGCAAACGAAAGGCGUCAUUUUUAUUAUUGCCAAGAGACCAGCAACAGCUACGUAAUUUAUCCGACAUGGCGAGCUUAUGGCGCCAUACUGUCGUUUGUUACAAAGGCAAAAUGUCGGGCCGGCACACGUCCUUAUACAAAGCUAGCCACCAAACGCAUCCCAUGCGGUCUCUAUUAUUUGGGAGCGUCACUUGACCAUUAGAAUCAUGGCCAAUGUAAAAGGUGAAGCCAAGAAGGAGGUCAAAAUGAGGAUACGAGCUUUCCCUAUGACAAUGGAUGAGAAGUAUGUGGACAACAUCUGGGCCCUGCUAAAGAAUGCCAUCCAGGAAAUCCAGCGGAAGAACAACAGUGGCCUAAGCUUUGAGGAGCUGUACAGGAACGCCUACACCAUGGUGCUCCACAAGCAUGGGGAGAAGCUCUACACGGGCCUGACAGAGGUUGUCACUGAACAUCUCAUCCACAAAGUACGGCACGAUGUCCUCAAGUCUCUCAAUAACAAAUUUCUACAAAUCCUCAAUCAAGAGUGGAAUGAUCAUCAGACUGCCACCAUUAUGAUCAGAGACAUUCUCAUGUACAUGGACCGGGUUUACGUCCAGCAAAGCAAUGUGGAGAAUGUGUACAACCUCAGCCUCAUCGUAUUCAGAGAGCAGGUGGUUCACUACAGUGCCGUUCGAGACCACUUAUGGCAGACUCUCCUGGAUAUGAUUAAACGCGAGAGGAGGGGAGAGGUUGUUGACAGGGGGUCCAUUAGAAACACCUGCCAGAUGCUGAUGGUUCUCGGCUUGGACAGCAGGUCUGUAUACGAGGAAGACUUUGAGCGCCCAUUCUUAGAAAUGUCAGCCGGAUUCUACCAGAUGGAAAGCCAAAGGUUUCUUGCGGAAAACAGCACCAGCAUCUAUAUCAAGAAGGUGGAGGCCAGAAUAAACGAAGAGAUAGAGCGUGUAAUUCACUGCUUGGACAAGUCCACAGAGGACUCCAUUGUUAAAGUGGUGGAAAGAGAGCUGAUAACAAAACACAUGAAAACUAUAGUGGAGAUGGAGAACUCCGGGAUGGUCCACAUGCUCAGGAAUGGCAUAACAGAAGACCUGGCCUGCAUGUACAAGCUAUUCAGCCGUGUGCCAAAUGGUCUAAAAACUAUGUGUGACUGUAUGAGUGUGUAUUUGCGAGAGCAAGGGAGAGCAUUAGUGUCAGAGGAAGGAGAGGGCAAAAACCCAGUGGAAUAUAUUCAGGGCCUGCUUGACCUGAAGACGGUAUUUGACCAUUUCCUUCACGAGUCCUUCAUCAAUGACAAACAGUUCAAACAAACCAUUGCCGGAGACUUUGAGUAUUUCCUCAACCUCAACUCACGGUCACCGGAGUACCUAUCGCUCUUCAUUGACGACAAGCUCAAGAAAGGCGUUCGAGGGUUGACAGAACAGGAGGUGGAGUCAAUCCUGGACAAGACAAUGGUGUUGUUCAGGUUUUUGCAAGAGAAAGAUGUGUUUGAAAGGUACUACAAGCAGCACCUGGGCCGGAGACUGCUCAGCAACAAGAGCGUCUCGGACGAUUUGGAGAAGAGCAUGAUUUCCAAGCUCAAAACGGAAUGCGGCUGUCAGUUUACAUCAAAACUGGAGGGAAUGUUUCGAGAUAUGACCAUCUCCAACACCACAAUGGAUGAGUUCAGGCGACACAUACAGUCCACGCCGGCCUCUCUGUGCGGUGUAGACCUCACUGUCCGAGUCCUCACUACUGGUUACUGGCCCACACAGUCUGCGACACCAAGAUGCACCAUCCCAUGUUCCCCCCAACACGCGUUUGAGGUCUUCAGGAGGUUUUACCUUGCUAAACACACUGGGAGACAGCUCACUCUGCAGCAUCACAUGGGCGGGGCCGAUCUAAUCGCAACUUUCUAUGGUGCUUUGAAAAAGGAGGAAGGUUCCGAAGCAGGCGUGGGAGCAACCCAAAUGGCAAGCUCUAACUCUCGUAAGACCAUACUACAGGUCUCCACCUUCCAGAUGACCAUCCUCAUGCUUUUCAACCACAGAGAAACCUGCACUUUUGAGGAGAUCCACCAUGAGACAGAUAUCCCCAGAUGGGAGUUAGUGCGAGCCUUGCAGUCCUUGGCCUGUGGGAAGCCGACACAAAGAGUCCUCACCAAAGAGCCAAAGUCCAAGGAGAUCGAAAACGGACACAUCUUUACAGUCAAUGACCAGUUCACUGCCAAAGUACACAGAGUCAAAAUACAGACAGUCGCUGCUAAACAAGGGGAGUCCGACCCUGAGAGGAAAGAGACACGGCAGAAAGUGGAUGAUGACAGGAAGGUUAUGAUCGACGCAGCCAUUGUGCGCAUCAUGAAGUCCAGGAAGAAGAUACAGCACAACAUCUUGGUGGCUGAGGUGACUCAGCAGCUGCAGGCACACUUCCUCCCCAGCCCCGUGGUCAUCAAAAAGCGCAUAGAGGUACUUAUAGAGAGAGAAUACUUGGCAAGGACACCAGAGGACCGUAAUAUAUACACCUAUGUCGCAUAAAUGAGACCAGAAGGGAGGUUUUGAAUUGCCGGACAAAACAUUGUUUUUAACAAUUGCUACAAACCGAAAUGGUAUGGAAAAACUACGCAAAAAUGUACCUUAUAGUCUUCCUGUAUUUGUGUAACUUCUAGGGAAACAUUUUAAUUUUGCACGAUUUUGUUGUUUCAAUACUGUAUAAAAAUGUAUUUUCAAACGUAGAUUGUAAAACAAAAAUAAAGAGUAUUGAUGCUUUGUAGUUUUUUACAUA